AUGGCGGCGACGGCGUCCUCACGCGUUCUCGUCUUCGCUUCUUCUGCCUCGGCCACCGCAGCCACGGCGCUCCAGCAAAGCGCGCAAAACACAUUUUUCACGAUCCUUGAUCCAGAUGUUUUCGCUCAGCAGGCGGGGCAGAACGGGUCUGCCAUAGGUGCUGUGUACGAUGGCGUGCUUAUCUUGGAUCUUGGGAAGAAUGGGUCUGCAGAGAACGCCACACGAGUUGCAAUGCAGACUUUUGCGAAAGCUGUAUGCACUGCAGCGGCGCCGGGCGGCUUCAUUGUUCUGGCGGGUAAAAGCACUGACGGCGAGCAGACACGCCGGCUGAUGAGGCGGCUUCUCACGUACGAAGGGCUCGUUUCUGCCCUCGAUGCAGAGGUCGCCUCUUUCGUGGGAGAGAAACUGAAGGGACUCGACACUCCCGUGGAGUGGACGGGUAAAAAGCCGACAUGGGCUGCGGGCGCCGCGGAAAGGAUUUCCGGCGCUUCUGCGAACGGGACGACCCAGAUGGACGCAGAUGGUCUGAUUGACGAAUCGACGCUGAUCGAUCCCACGGAGUCUUACCAGCCGCUCGGAAAGGAUCGUUCGAGCUGCGCCUCAAGGCCGAAGGCGUGUGCAAACUGCACCUGCGGACGCAAGGAGGCAGAGGAGGCUGCAGAGAAGGAGGAGAGGAGAAAGAAGCUCGAGAGCGGCGAAAUCCGGUCUUCCUGUGGAAAUUGCUACCUUGGCGAUGCGUUCCGUUGCGCUGGAUGCCCCUACAGAGGCAUGCCUGCGUUCAAGCCAGGCGAAAAGGUCGCUUUGGCAGAGACUGCCGCGACGGCUCCUGCGGCGGGACUGCAGAAGGACGUUGCCACCGUGACUCAGAACAAGGUGCAGAUCACAGAUCUCGGUGACGAUAUCUAA